ACACGCUAGCUAGACGGAUCCAUUCAGGCUGUCAAAUGCACUACAUCCUGCACAGCUCUUGUCCUAUUAUGUGGAAAACGAGAAGGAAAACACUUUGCAUAUAAGAAUUUCACUACGGAUGUAUCAUGAAUGUAGAUGGACACGUAUACACAGGGUUACCUUUGAAGCAGACCGAGGGGUCCGUCCCUGGAAAACGCUGUGGAAGCUGCAUGGCCAACCUUGGAUUACAAAAUUACAAAUUGAAGGACGUGUUCACAUGGCAUCUCCUGAAGACCAUUGCCAUGGGCCAGGCCCUCUCGCUGAUGAUCUGCGGGACGGCAGUGAGCUGCCAGUACCUGGCCGAGGCAGGCGUGGAGACACCCAUGUUCCAAAGCUUCCUCAACUAUGCAUUGCUGUUCAUCACUUACACCUCCUACCUAUGCUGCCGCAAAGGUGAUGAUAACAUCUAUCAGAUUUUGAAAACAAAAUGGUGGAAGUAUCUUCUGAUGGGCCUGACAGACGUGCAGGCAAACUACGCUGUAGUGAAGGCCUACCAGUACACUACCCUGACUAGCAUACAGCUGCUGGACUGCUUUGUGAUCCCGGUGCUGAUGGUGCUGUCCUGGUUCCUACUGAAGACCCGCUACAGGCCCGUUCACUUCGUGGCGGUUAGUGUGUGUCUGGUCGGGGUGGGAGCCAUGGUUGGGGCGGAUCUGAUCGCGGGCCGAGACCAAGGAUCCACCACAAACGUCCUGCUGGGGGAUGGCCUGGUCCUGCUCAGUGCCGCUCUCUACGCUUUGUCCAACGUAGGGCAGGAGUACACGGUGAAGAACCACAGUCGUGUGGAGUUUCUGGGCAUGAUGGGUCUCUUUGGUACCAUCAUCAGUGGCAUACAGCUAGUUGUACUGGAAACUAGUGCUGUGGGUGCCAUUAAGUGGGAUACCAAUAUCAUGGUGCUUUUCGUGGGCUACGCGCUCUGCAUGUACGCCCUCUACAGCGUCAUGCCCACGGUAGUGAGGCUGACCAGCGCCACAGUAGUCAACCUCUCUCUGCUCACAGCGGACCUGUUCAGCCUCUUCUGCGGCCUCUUCCUCUUCCACUACACGUUCUCUGGGCUGUACAUCCUCUCCUUCGUGGUCAUCACGCUGGGCUUCAUCAUGUUCAACGCCGUUCCCACGUACAAUCUGAUACCCCACGCAGACUCCAGAGAGGCUGGCCUCGACGAGCCGGUCGCGGCGCUUACAGAGCAGAACCACGAUGCCACUUCCAAAUGCCUGCUGCCCCUGGCGGAGAAGGACUCGGAGAGCACAGUGGCAAGUGCGGCCAUAUUGCCUCCAGUCUAACCGGAUCCACUAUGGUUACUUAAGUAUUUUAGAUGGGAUGU